AUGCUUCUAAAUCUUUGUCUCUUCUUCCUCCUCUCAACAGCUAUUAGCAUCACUGCUCAAGCCAUUGGUGUGAACUGGGGUACAAACUCUUCGCAUCCACUACCACCGGACAAAGUGGUGGAGCUCUUGAAGUCUAACAAAAUUACCAAAGUCAAGUUAUUCGAUGCCAACCCACUUGUGUUACAAGCUCUGUCUGGGUCUAACAUUGGUGUCACUGUUGGCAUUCCUAAUUCCAUGCUUAAAAGCUUGAAUUCUUCCACAAAAGUUGCAGAAAGUUGGGUCCAUGAUAAUGUUACCCGCUAUGUUUCUAGUGGUAGCAGUGGAGUUCGAAUUGAGUAUGUUGCUAUUGGAGAUGAGCCGUUUCAACAAAGUUACGGGGAGCAGUACCAUCCCUUUGUCAUUGGGACAGCCAUGAACAUCCAAACAGCUUUGGCCAGAGUAAGCUUGGCAAACCAGGUCAAGGUUGUGGUUCCAUGUAGUUACGAUUCCUUCCAAUCAGAAUCUGGCUUGCCCUCCAAAGGACACUUCAGGCUUGACCUCAAUAAAACCAUGAUUGAGCUCCUAACAUUUCUCAGUAAGCACCAUUCACCAUUUUUUGUGACCAUCUCCCCAUUUAUUAUUUUCCACCAAAACAAGAACAUUUCUCUUGACUUUAGUCUCUUCAAAGAAACCAAGCACUCUCGUAAUGAUGGCCAUAAAACAUACAAAAACAGUUUUGACCUAGGCUAUGAUACCCUGGUUACUGCAUUAUCGACAGUUGGGUUUCCUCAAAUGGAUAUUGUUGUUGCAAGUAUUGGUUGGCCUACGGAUGGAGCAACCAAUGCCACUUCGUCCACUGCAGAGACAUUCAUGAAAGGUCUAGUGGUUCACCUUCGUAGCAAAUCAGGUACCCCUCUCAGGCCUCGGAAUCCUCCAUUAGAGACAUACAUAUUAAGCCUACUAGACGAGGACCAGAGAAGCUUAGUUACUGGAAAUUUUGAGAGACAUUGGGGAGUUUUCACCUUUGAUGGCCAAGCCAAAUAUAACGUUGAUCUUGGUCAGGGUUCAAAGAAUCUAGCAAACGCACAAUAUGUUGAAUAUCUUUCUUCCAAGUGGUGUGUUGUUAAUAAUAACAAGGACCUGUCCAACGCAACUGCAAGCGCUUUGGAUGCUUGUUCAUCUGCUGAUUGCACUGCACUUUCUCCUGGUGGAUCCUGUUUCAAUAUCAGCUGGCCUGCAAAUAUAUCAUAUGCCUUCAAUAACUAUUACCAGUUGCAUGAUCAAAGCGCAGACAGUUGUGAUUUUGGGGGUUUGGGUUUGAUCACAACAGUUGAUCCAUCAGUAGGUAACUGUAGGUUUCGUCUUGAACUUCGCACUUCUCAUUCUGAGUCUCUGUAUGGGACAUAUCUCUUCAAAUGGAUGAUCUCGCUAACCUUAAACACAAUUAUACACAAUUUCAUGUGA